CGCGCUGGAUCUGAGACAUGAGUCCUGGCACGCGGGGUUGGAGAGAGGACGAUCAAAGGUGCGCGCGCGGACCUGCGUCCAACCGGAAUCCUCGCGCCCGCAUUUCCAUCACGAAGCGACAAGGUUUUACGGAGACGCACCGUAGCAGCAUGACGGCCGCUGGUGUUGACGGAGACUCUGGUGCCAGUAAAGCCGGAGUUAGUGACGAAGAGGACAGACUACAGGUGUUAAAAGGCGCGGCGUUCCUGACCACGGUGGCGACGGCGGGGAUGGUCGCAGGGUUCGGCUCCACGUUGGCGCUGGCCAAGAAGAAGAGCCCGGGGUGGUUCAGUAAGGGCGUGGCAGCGACGGCGGCGGCCCCUGAGACCGGGGCCUCCCUGGCCCUCAGGGCCCUGGGCUGGGGCUCCCUGUACGCCUGGUGUGGAGUGGGUCUGCUCAGCGUCUCCGUGUGGAAAGCUCUCGGCGUUCACAGCCUGGCAGAGUUCAGGCAGAAGAUGCAGUCCAUCUUCCCGGCCAUCCCCAAGAGCCCGGAGGCCGCGGCCGGAUCAGAACCGCUGGACUGGGACGCCGUGUUCAGGUCCAAGUGAUCGGAAUCAGCCAGAGACUGAAAAGCCGUGCAGUUCCAGAACUGUUCUCAGUUCUGGUCGGGUUUCAGGACGGACGAGGCUUCGUUUCUCCGUCUGUGGAGUUUACGGCUGAAAAAAAUGGACAAUUCUGACGUUAAAGUGACGCUGGAACAAGAACCAUCACCAAUAUUUAAAUAUUUUGAAACUUUAAUAUAAAAAAAGUUCAUUAUGGAGCUUUUUUUCCUUCCUUUUGAGGAUCUAAGAGCAGGAAUCUUCAUUUUUACUCUUGUUAUUCAGCUCUUCCACAAAACUGUGUUACUCAAGAAGUCUGGAUGUUUCCAGAUGAGCUUCACGGUUUCUGCAGUGGAAAAAAACUCCAGAUUAAUUAAUGAUUAAUUCCCGCAGCACCACUCCAACGGCCACGUCUUUGUUGCAAGAUGCAACAGAGAAGAGUUUUGGAGCAACAAGCAGUAAAACAAGGAGUCCUGCUCUUAAAAUGUAUAUAAAUGUAUUUAAGUUUUUGAAAAGAAAGCAAAUGUUUCUGUAACAUAAA